UUCGGAGUCCCCAAAGUGGUGCCCUUGCUCCCGGCAGAGCUGGCCUCGAGGCAACGUCUCAGAGGAGCUUUGGGGCUAUCUGCCCUGGAGCGAAAUGGAGAAAGAACUACAGUUGGGAGAGGAGGUCCGAUGCCGGAUUCUUUCGCUUCAAGGUGAAAAACUUGCGCUGACGAUGAGGACCAGUGAUUGCAGUCUGAAAGACUUUGCGUGCAAGGACGUCCUCAAUGGAGUUGUACAGGAGGUCACAGCUCUGGGCAUUUUUGUGCGAUUGCAACCUCUCCGUGGAGGUCGAGCUUGUCGUGGCUUGGUCCAUGUGUCCUUGUUGAAGGCCAACGAUGACUUUGCGGAGGGUGACUUGGUCAAAGUGCAGGUGCAGAAUGCCACCGUGACGCUGCAGCUCUCCUUGGCUGAGUGAACGUAGAAACGGCCAGGGGGGUUCGGACCGGUUGGACUGGGAGCCGUUC